AUGUCUUACAACAACGAUUCCAACCAAUAUGGUCGAAACACCAGCAGUUAUGGGGAUAAUGACAAUUCCUACGGCUCAUCCCGUCGAGAUGACAAUACUUCCUCUGGCCGUGGGGAUUCUUAUGGGUCUUCUCGUAAAGAUGAUACAUAUGGAUCCAGUGGAAACGAUUCCUAUGGAAGCUCUGGCCGCCAAGGCAUGAGUGGAGGUUAUGGAUCUGGUAAUAACCGUGAUGACGAUAACAACACUUACGGGUCAUCUGGCCGGACUGGUGGUAACGAUUCCUACGGUUCCAAUAAGAGAGAUGAUAAUACCUACGGAUCAUCUGGCCGGACUGGUGGUAAUGAUUCCUACGGAUCCAAUAAGAGAGAUGAUAAUACAUAUGGAUCAUCCGGUCGAAGUGGAGACUCUGGCUCAUAUGGCUCCAGCCAGCGUGAUGACAAUUCCUACGGCUCCUCUGGAAACACUGGAAGCGGUAACUACUCCUCUAGCAGGAGAGAUGACAACGAUACAUUCGGAAGCUCCGGGCGCACUUCCGGUAAUGAUUCGUACGGGUCCAGCGGCCGUGAUAAGGAUAGCUCCUAUGGCUCUUCUGGCUAUGGCUCUGGAAAGAAAGAUACUGAUUCGUACGGGUCUGGCAAGCGGGACCAAGAUUCGUAUGGCUCUUCUGGGAUCUCAGGGACUGGCAACUAUGGGUCGAAUAAGAAUGAUGACGAUGACUCCUAUGGAUCCAGCAAACGUGACAAGGACAAUUCUUAUGGCUCUUCAGGCUUUGGCUCCGGCAAGAAGGACAACGACACCUAUGGAUCGUCGGGCUAUGGUUCGAGCAAUAAGAACGAUAACGACAGCUAUGGCUCUUCUGGCUAUGGUAAUACUAAGAAGGAUGAUACAUACGGCUCAUCUGGCCUCGGCAGUGGACGCCGCGAUGAUGAUGACAAUAAUGACUCAACCACAAAAAAGAUUCUCAACAAAGUCGGCGGCGCAAUUGCUGACCAUAUGAGCAGCAAUAAGCGCCAGUAG